AAUGGGACAAAAUCAGGGCAAGGAGGGGGAGCCAGGGCAGGACAACAGCUCUGCAGGACCAGAGGAAAAGGGACCAAGCCCAGACCCUGGGGGGGCAACCGAGGAAGGAAAUCCAACCAUUGAGACUCAUGGUGUUGGGAGAGAUGAGGAGAAAGCAGCCGGUGGAAGGUUGGAUGGAGGCCCAGGCAGGGAGUUACCAUCACCUACACCAGAGCACAGUUUGGAUUUUCAUGAUAAGGUGUGUGCUCCCACGGAUGGGGGGGUUGUGGAGGGAGGGGAUGGCGAGAAAGUGGGAGGAAGAAAGAGUAGCGAGGAAGGCAGAGCUGAACUGCUGGCUCCACAGCAGCUGAAUGGAAUCACACAGUCUAACAGCUGCCUGCAAGGCACAUGGGAGGCUGGUGAACCUGAUCACGAGAGAAAAGACUUGAAGAGUAUGCUAGAAGACUAUCUUGAACAUCAGGAAAACCUCGGGUGUGACUUUCCUGGUAAAGACAAAGUUGAAAGUGCUCGCAAAGGAGAAAACAAGAGUAAGAAUUGUGCUUCAUAUGUAAAGGACGAAAUGGAGUCUGUUUGUGGAGAUGACGACAAGCUAAAGGAAGGGGACAGAAAACUAGAUUUUGAUGCUGCCUGUGAUAUUAGCCUAACAAAUACAGGGCCUACUUUGGAGAGUCUGGAAAGGAAGGACAUUUCAAAAUCAAGUGGUGGGGACACCAACACCAGCGUUCACUUUACGGUUCAAGACAAAGCUUUGGUCAUUCCCGAAAAUGUAGACUUGAAGACCAGCAUGACUGAAUCACAAAACAAGAGGCUGUUUAACAAGCCCAGCACAUCAAACCCCAUGAUGAACUCACAAACGGAGACAUCAAAGGACAUUACUGAGGCAAUUCAGCAAGUCAAAGAAGGAAUAAGGGAGAAGCCGCCAGAGAAUCCAGAUAAGGUUGUAAAAGAAACCUUAAACGCGGAACAAUCUUCCCCGAAGAACGUCAAAACCCAGGGGCGGUCAAUGAAGGAUGUCUGCGAAGCCAGAGAAAACGUUACAUGGUGUCAGCCAACAGAUGAUGUCAUGAAGACCAGAUUUACUACUUCAUGGCUGGCAGGUGCGGAUUUACAAAAAAAGGCUGUGAGCCUAGAACGAGUGCAGAGCCCAGAGGACCUCAGCCCCUUAGAAGUGGCAUCCAAGUCACCUCAGGGUCACGCUGAGAGCCAUCGACAAAUAUCUGCAGGCGAAUUCACACAGGAUGAGCUUCAGAAAGAAAGGCAAUUUAAUGUGUCAGACUUGGAGAGCCCUAGGACAAAGGAACCUUCACUUGAGAGAUCACCCGCUGGAGGUCAUAAAAACAAAGAUGGCAUAAGAGAGACUGAAGAAAGUGAAAAUCUGGAAUCUGCUUCAAAGGGUCUCUAUCGUUCCCAUGCAAAGAAAACCGAGAUAAAAGAUCUUUCUCUGCGUGGAACAGAAACGGAAGAGGGUUGUUUUGUGACAUCUAAUAUUGCCAGUGUAAGUAUGCUGGGUGAAAACAAUCCCCAGCUACAAAGCUAUGAAGAUGAGAAAUGUAUUACAUUCUCUGAAAACAUUACUGAUUCAUACCCCCCUUCUAAAUCUGAUGUUCAAGUUAUGCAAAAAGAUGAAAAAGAGGAUUCCCCUCUUUCAGCAAAGGCCAAAGUACACAGAGAGAUAAGUCUAGAGUGGUUUCUGGCUGAAACGAGUCCACAUGCAGUGAUACAAACCUUUCCAGAGACGGUGAAGGAUACUACUCAUAGGAUGGAUCCAGAAAGUACAUCUUCUUUAGGUGAACUGAUUGAUGUAGAAGAUGCUACUAAACAGCAGAGAACGGAGGGAGAUGCUAACGCUAACUCGGGCGACUUGACAUCAUCAGAGAGAGACAAGGUCAGCAAGUCUAAUCAGAAUACCAUCAGCGCAAAAACGGAUGUGUGUAAGGAAACAUCUGCAAAUAGUUCCAUCUCUGAGCUCAUUGCUGGUCCUGAGACAGCUUCAAGUCCCAUAGAUGACAGGCUAGGCAUGGACAAGAAAACAGAAGUCACUCUGUCUGGUUCUUCUCAACUCCAAGAGCAAUGUUUUUUGAACAUUUUAACAAAUGCACCAACCCAUUCCGUUUUAAACCAGACAGAUGUAUAUGAUCAGGUCCAGGAUGGUUGUAUUGCAGGAACUGCAUUAGCAGACAGCACAGCAAACGCAUCUGCUGCACAAGAUGUGCUACAUUCCUCCUCCAUGUGCAACCUAAUAAGUAUGCAAGCUAACGAGAAACAAGAUAAAGAGCAGAACAAGCUGUCGACACAAGCAAAUUUUCAUGUGUUAGAGGAGAAACGUUUAAGCCAGCUGGACCAAAAGCUUGCAAUAGAAAGCAACCUGACCACCAUCAUGGAAACGCCACAGGGUGCACAGAAAAGACAUGUUUCAGAUAUGAUAAAGGAAACUAUUGAGUUGCAGAAGAAGAUGAAGGAGUGGACCAAGCCAGCUGAUGUCCGGGUUGAUCUGACCUUAGACCCAACACAGUCUGUGAAAGUUUCACAGAUGAAAGCAGCAUUUGAUCCACCAAAGAAAUCACCUGACAAAGCACUAGAGAGAAAACCUUCAGUGAGAAAAGAUAUGUUCAGACGGGUUGUACGACAGAGUAAGUUCCGGCAUGUGUUCGGCCAGGCGGUGAAGAAUGACCAGUGCUACGAUGACAUCAGGGUGUCCCGGGUCACGUGGGACAGCGCCUUCUGCGCGGUUAACCCCAAAUUUGUUGCCAUAAUCGUGGAUGCUAGUGGAGGUGGCGCAUUUAUGGUUUUACCUCUUCAUAAGUCGGGCCGUAUAGAUAAAGCCUACCCUACAGUAUGUGGCCACACUGGCCCUGUUCUGGACAUUGAUUGGUGCCCUCACAAUGACCAGGUCAUCGCUAGUGGAUCUGAAGACUGCACCGUGAUGGUGUGGCAGAUCCCAGAGAAUGGUUUGGUGACCUCCAUGUCCGAGCCAGUGGUGGUGCUGGAGGGUCAUUCUAAAAGAGUGGGAAUCAUUACCUGGCAUCCAACCGCCCGCAACGUCCUCCUCAGUGCAGGCUGUGAUAAUGUGAUUUUCAUCUGGAAUGUGGGCACGGGAGAGUCCAUGAUCACCCUGGAGGAUAUGCACCCUGACAUCAUCUUUAGUGCCUGCUGGAACCGCAAUGGCAGUCUCAUCUGCACUGCCUGCAAGGACAAGAAAGUCCGUGUCAUCGACCCACGGAAGGAGGAGAUCAUUGCGGAGAAGGACAAGGCCCAUGAGGGCGCCAGGCCCAUGAGAGCUAUUUUCUUGUCUGACGGCAAAGUGUUCACCACUGGUUUUAGCCGCAUGAGCGAGAGACAGCUCGCCCUCUGGGAUCCGGAAAAUAUGGAGGAGGCGGUCUCUGUCCAUGAGAUGGACACCAGUAACGGAGUCCUCCUGCCCUUCUAUGAUCCCGAUACUAAUGUGGUCUACCUGUGUGGAAAGGGUGACAGCAGCAUCCGUUACUUUGAGAUCACGGACGAAGCUCCCUUUGUCCAUUACCUCAACACCUUUACCACUAAGGAGCCUCAGAGGGGCAUGGGAUACAUGCCCAAGAGAGGGCUGGACGUCAACAAGUGUGAGAUUGCAAGGUUUUACAAACUGCAUGAGAGAAAGUGUGAGCCUAUCAUCAUGACUGUGCCAAGAAAAUCGGACCUGUUCCAGGAUGACCUUUACCCUGACACGGCAGGUCCAGAAGCCCCCCUGGAGGCCGAGGAAUGGUUUGAAGGGAAGAAUGGUGACCCUGUCCUGAUAUCCCUGAAACAUGGAUACAUCCCAGGCAAGAACCGUGAUCUCAAAGUGGUCAAGAAGAACGUCCUAGACAACAAGAUGAGCAAGAAUACAGAGAAUACCGCCCCUGCCAUCAAGACUGCCACCUCCACGCCAUCUAUCAAAAGUGAAGCUAAGCUGGAUGAGGUUUUGAAAGAAAUCAAAUCUCUCAGAGAGCUGGUCAGCAGUCAGGAAAAAAGAAUUGCCAAACUUGAGGAGCAGUUGUCUAAAAUGGACAUCUAAAAGGACCCUGUAAUCCCUUCCCCUUCUUCUAUUCAGGAUAUCCCAUUGGCCAGGUGGGCGGGACCCGUCACUGCCAAUCACCAUGACAGCGUUCCGUCUGAAGCCUGCCUUGCAAAGACUCCAACCAACAUUCCAAGAUGAUCAAUUAUUCCUUUUGCAAUCCCCAAAACCUGUUUACACCUCAUAGCCAUUUGGAAAAAUAUAAACGCCUUCAGUUUAUUUCUAAAUUUGACCCGUUUAGCUUUUACUCCAAAUCUCACUCCAAAUCUUUCUGCAAUGGCUGUGUUUUAUCUGGUUUUCUUGAAUGGUCUUAGUUGUUUUUGUUUUUCUUAUUAAAAAUUGUGACCAAGAAGCUUGCAUUAUGAUGCAGUUACAUGAACUUGAUGAGCUCAAAGUUUGAAGUAGCCAUCAGUAUUGCAGUUCCUCUCUCGCCCUUCUGAGUUGCCAAAUUUAUCGAGGAGUUAUGCACCUCCCUGACAGUAUUUGACUAGCUUUUCAUUUUGUACUUAUAAGGGACAAAGCAAUAUGCUAGUAAUGCAAGGAGAGGAAAUCAUUGGAACCAUUUGUCAAUGUUAAAGGUGUCUUUCUAAAGAAUAAAAAAAUAAAGAUUUUAAUCAACCUGGCAAACAUGUAGAGUUGAAAAAGUUUACAAACCAGUACUGGAAAACAAUACAGGUGCUCUAAAAUAUUCCACUAAAGUUGUUUCUUUGUUAUUCAGGUACCCAUGUAUGUAUUAAGAUAGUAAUUGGUAAAAUAAUCCAAAUGAUUCCGGUUCCGGCGGUUGCCAUGAACACACUAAAUGUGUACUCUUCUCACAACUCCAAAUACUUUCUUGAUGGCAACAGUUGCUCAUCACAAAUGCAAGCAAAUAGUCAGUUUUUCCGAUUUCCACAUAUCUGCACUUUUCUGAAGUGUCUCAUUCUGUUUCCUGAAAGAAGCCAGGAACAGUUCAGGUCUCGCUGCGUAACUGUAGAAAGCCUCGGCUUCAAAACAUGAGGGUAUAAGCUCAGAAAAGAGAAAAAAAAAAAAAUCCCAUAGAUGUUUAUUAGCUUUAGCAGCAAAACUUGUUCAUUACUUUACCGGCUUGAUAGCUUUUACUCUGACUUAGUUCUAGUCAGGCAUUGUUCAGGUCUAAGAAACACACUUAGGUUUGCUUUGCUUUCUCAUUAAUUGAUUCAGAUCUCAUCUAGUUGUGCCAUCCAUACCAUUUCAGAAACCAAGCUUUCAGUUGAAUCUCAGCAGCUUUGUACAUACAUUUGCUGUGCAUUGUAGACCGUGACUACCAGCAAAAGAGGGAGUCAUGAUUGACUUCCUUUUCCUACUAGGUCAUUUUGCGACGCGCUGUUUCUACUGUGCUCUCCUAGCCAAGCAGAACCAAUUCUCUCAAGGGGAGAUUCACAUCUAGAUGAUCCUUUUACAGCCGUAUUACGUUUGCCACAAGUUUGAGGUUUUUUUAUUUAGCUUGGUUAUGUAUUUUUCCAUGCCAAGAUAAGGAGAGGAAACUGUGAUUCUGUUGAUCAGAUUGCUUUGGCUACAACCUUUGUCAGAAUGUUCUCUUGUGGCUUUCAUUUUGACACGUCUUGCGUAUCUCAUUUCUGUUUGCAUCACUACCUAGUGCCUCUUUCAUAGGUUAUGAAAAGCACCUUCCCUCUUCCACAUGCUUUUUAGUCUAAAAUAGCCUCCACCUUCUCACCUCAGAACCAUUGCCCAACCUGCAAGUACUUCAUUUAAAACGAGGCUUCAGAUCUUACAGAAACAACUCAAUACCUCUGUCAUUUGCUCGCUUUCGCUCUCUCUUUUUGGGUGAACUUUUAAAGUGAAGGGUUUGAAAACGUAGGGACCGUGCUUAUGGAUACAGAUGUGCCAAGCUGGAUCACAUUCAGGAUGUGUGAUGGAUUGAGUGUUUAAGUGGCCUCAGGAGGCAUCUGUGAUGCAGCCACGAGUGUGUGGUUUCAAAGGAGUGAAUGAAUGAAGCAAAAAGGGAUUUAUGUAGGUUGAAAAGAUAAUGCGGGAAGAAGGCUGUAUGGAAGUGAUUUAUUUUGAUGCGUUGUAUAUAUGUUUUUUAGUUUUCCUUUUCAUUUUUUCUUUGGCUGUAGGAAGGUGUUUGUCCAUCAUUUGGAGAUGAUUUUAAGGAUAUUCCCCCAUUACCCGUUCAUCAUUAUGCACACUGUGAGCCUUUUAUGUUUCCAAUGAUAAAAAUCGAAUGGAAGGAUAUCUAGAAAUUCAAUUUUGUGCAUAACUGUUCCAUUUUUGUUCAUCCAUCUGCUUCAAGUAUAAAGAGUCUUACUGAUUACGAGGAAAAUAAAAAAUAAAUAAACUGAAAUGUU